AUGUCUCCCAACAUUUUUAUCACCGGCGUUUCUGGCUACAUUGGUGGUGAAGUCGUAGAUGUUUUUGCUAAGAAACAUCCCGAGUGGCAACUCGUGGCAUUAGUCCGAAAUGCAGAGCAAGGAAAGAUCAUAGAGAGCAAAUAUCCAGCUGUUAAAACAGUGAUAGGAACUCUUGAUGACCAUGACCUCCUUGUGGAGCAGGGCAAAAAUGCUGACGUUGUUCUGCAAACUGCAUCAGCAGAUCAUAUUGAGGUCGGCCGAUCCAUCAUUGAAGGGACGUUCAAGGGAAAGAAAGGCCACUACAUUCAUGUUUCUGGAACUGGUAUGCUGCAUGAUGUCCAGAAUGGUUACGGAAAUCCCUCGCCAAAAGUCUAUAGUGACAUUUCCGACGUAAUGGAAGUUACUUCUUUGGACUCCACUCACGUUCAUCGCGAUAUCGACGCAGCCGUCAUUGCGGCUGGGGAGAAAUUUGGCGUCCCAACGGCAAUCGUGUCGCCGGUUACAAUUUACGGCGUCGGACACGGACCUAUUAAGACACGCAGUCUUCAAAUCCCAUUUUUGACAGAGGCCAUUCUUAAGCAUAAGAAAGCGUUCACUGUAUUGGAGGGAAAUAACAUAUGGGACAACAUUUACAUCACUGAUCUGGCGGAGGUGUACGCAGUCCUUACUGAAGAAGCUCUCAAGCCCAAGGGGGGGUCUGCAACUUGGGGCCGUGAAGGUUAUUACUUCACGCAAACCGCUGAGCACACAUGGGUUGAGGUGGUGAAAGCUAUAUCUGAAGCUGCUCAAUCGCGUGGCGCUUUGCCAUCGGGAGACAUUGAGAAAUUGAACCCAGAAGAAGCAAGCGCCAUACAUCCAUGGGCCCCACUUCUCUGGGGUGGUAAUUGCAGAUCCCGAGGUGAUCGGAUUCGUGCUCUGGGAUGGAAGCCUGUCGGUCCCGGUCUUUAUGAAUGUAUUCCGGAGAUGGUUGACGUUGAAAUCAAUUCCCUCGGCACUCAAUCCGCGGCAACAACCUUCUGA